GGCACCAAGAGGUAGCGCCGUAGCGGAGAGAGGUGGACGUUUUUAUGAUCAACUCGUGGCAAAUUGCCAGUACCACACUUACUGCCGAAUACCCGCAGACCUACCAAACAUCUUUGAAGUUUGGGAAACAUCGAAAACAUGAGAAAAAAUCGGAUCUGCGCCAUUUGUAUGGACCUAUGAGCUGAACUACAAGCAACGUCAAUCAUGCGGGUACAGUUUAGACACCUGCAGUCCGACCUGGACUCUGACGAGACAGCCAGCAGCAGCUCUGAUGAAGGGCAAGAUGAGGUCAGAUUGCAUAGAAAAAGCAAAAUGAUCAAAUGCAGCAGCUGUGAACACAUGUGGCUGGAAGAGAGAGCAAAAAUUGGCAGCAGAUGGAGUUGGUUGCAGUUACGUCUGGUUGACCUUGAAGGAAAGCUGAAGCAACUUGUGGAGCUCCAUAAAAAUAUCUGUUCCAACAAGGGAGGCGUGGUACUUGCUGAGUCCCAACCACCCACAGACAGGCAAAUCCAGCAAAACCUCUUCAACGAAAUGGCUGGUCUUCCCUCCUCAACACUGGACGUUGACUUGGAACAAUGCAGCCCCAAUCGUCUUCUUUACAACAUUGAGAGACAGAGUGCUCAGCUCAGCCAGAUCAUCAGCAGUCUGAUGCCUCCUCUCAGCUUCUUGCCACCUUCAAAACAACAGAUGUGGAAAGGCGGGAGAAACCCCUUUAGUCUGGCCGGAGGAGGAGUUUUCAUGCCACGGGGGACUAACAGCAGUCUGAAGCAGCUGUACAAGUCUCAAGUGUCGUGUGUAUGUGCUCGGACAAGACCUCUGAUCACCCACCGAAAGCCCAAAUUAUUCUUUUUCGACUCCUACAAUGCUAUUCCAAAGGAUGCUCCACUCUUUUGCUCGUGUCGUUUCUCAUGUGAUUCAGAGGUCUCGUCCUCAAACUCUAGCACCAGCAGUACCUUCGCCUCUCUCAGAACGACAGGCUAUAGACACUUAUGCCAAGCUGGACUUGGCAUGUGUCUGCCAUCGAUCAAGUUAGCUGAUCUGGAUAUUGCACAUCCAUGCAGAAAAAGCAAGCAUCGGAAAAGAAGACGGCGCACUAAUAUAAAAGUUGUACGUAGAAAUGCAAUGUCUGAAGCUUAUCUGUCGGAUCCAACAGCAACGUUAGAUGAUGGACUGGAGAAAAUGGGCUUGCCAGUCAGCAAAGUGGAGAAAAUGUCCUCCGAGCAUGUUCUCACGCCAAGUUGGCGUCUUGUUGACAUCCAGUGUCUAACGGAGAAGCCUGAAAAAGACACUGAGGUGGAGAUUCUCACUGAUGCGGUCUUUGCCCAGAGACACUUGCCUUCAGAGCUGAAGGAAAAAUUACACUCCACAUCCGAGGGAAGGAAAACUUGCUGCAGGCGCCCUACAAGAUUUGGAACCAGAUUGCGAGGCAGUGUAGGUGGGCCGUGCACAUAUGGAGUGGAGACCUCUGUGAAGUGGAGUCAUUCUAAAUUGGAUGAGGAUGAACAGCUGAACAUAGAGCAGAUGCCGACUAACUGGAAGCUAAGGAAUUUUCCUUUAAAAAUGAGUGAAGAAAAAGCCCUGCUCGACAACAUGGAGACACUACGCCCUCUUAUGGUCAUCACGCAUGCAUUACAACUAACAGCAGUUUAGCAAGCGGUGCCUUACCACUUUCAUUCAUACAUUCAAUGAACAUUUUCAACAAUUUUCUCAUUCGUGACUUAUAAAUGUUGUUGGUAUCAAGUAUUUUUCCCUCUUUUUGUGAUGUCACUCUC